GUUCACUACGUAGACGACAUAUCACACAGUGCGCUCCAAUAAUCAAGUUGUUUCUGCUGUAUCCAGUGAGAUAUAUAGUUAGUUGUAGUAUAAAGAUUUAAUUUUAUUGAGUUUAAUCUGUUGUUUUUCCAGUUUCUUGUUUUUUUUCAUUUUUGUAUUCCUUCCUGUGUCUGCUCUUCAGUCUGCAGUAUCAGUGCCGCGGAGGAGCGAGGCCUGUCUGGCCAAAUUGCCAGACUUCAAAUGUCAAUUUAUGAUUUGAGUCACCGACUCGAACAUUAUGCAAAAACAAUGGAGCAGCUUGUUAAUGCAGCAGCUGUUAGAAGUGCUGGUAUUGAUGAAGAAACAUCGUCGGAGAUGACGCUUCCUCUAAGAAGCAUGGAAGAUUUCCAAUCAUUGGAAAUGGACAUGAAGAACGGGAGGAAAAAAUCGUUUAUAAAGUACAUGAGGAGAGUGGGGGGCGCUGAUAUUGGCCAAUGUGUCAAUAACAUAUUCCGUCGAUUGAUGAUUGAUGAGCUGGCCAUGCAAUUUUCAUACACUGGCCGUACUUCAAAUGGCAACACAAAAACUCCAUUCCAUGGGAGUGAAAUAUCUAAAUGCAUACUGAUUGCUGUUCAAACGUUGUUUGGAGAAAUUGCAACGGAGGUGAAAUAUGGACUGUUGGCGUCUAAAUGGCUCCAACAAGCCAGAACGAGGGUGUUGAGAAGGACCAAGAGCAGAGAGACUGAUGAAGCUCAAAUCGAGGACAAUAACAUUUGAAAGUGAAAAUAAAGUAGUAGUAUAAGUAGUACCGUAGUUUUUGUAAUAUUUAAUUAAAAUCUCUGCAUUCUAUUGAAAA